UCCACCUUGCGCAGCUGAUAAAGAUAAACAACAUUAUCGUGUUAAGGUUUUAACAAAUCUGCCACGUUUGCAGAAUUAAAUAAAUAAAGCAGUUUGUGGGAAUGGAAUCUGCAUUCUGGCGGCUGACAAAUUUAUGACGUCACGAAUGAAAACGCUUUGAAAUCCUUUAAACCGUUGGCUGGACAAACACCUGCUUUGCCAGAAAACAGUUCAUGUUAGGUAUUAAGAAUCCGACGGACUUGUGCUGUACGUAUCUAGUUCUGUGAUAAUGUCUGCCAUAGUUAAAAUUGAACCCAAACAAGAAGAGAUUGUCUUAAAUGAUGCCAAUGAUGUGUAUACAUCGAUCAAGCGGGAAUUUAAUGAAAUUACGACGAAUGUAGGGUGUACAAGUGCCAUAACCGAAGGGGAUUAUAAAAGUGAAGUGCAGCAGGAAAUUAAAUUUGUUGAGAAUGUAUUUCAAGAUUUCUCGCAUAUUAGUCAAUCUAAAAUUGUAAAAGAUUUAAAAUGUGACCAAAAGUGUGACUAUGCAACCCAUAUGAAACACAGUUUAGAUGAACACCUGUUAAAACACAAGCCUCCCAAAGAUUUCAAAUGUGACCAGUGUGCAUAUGCAACCUAUAAAAAAUCUAAUUUAAAAACACACAUGUUAAAACAUAAGUCUACUAAGGAUUUAAAAUGUAGUUACUGUGACUACGCAACCUAUAGAAAAUCCAAUUUAAAAACACACCUGUUAAAACAUAAUUCUUCUAAGGAUUUUAAAUGUAUUCACUGUGACUACGCAACCCAUAGAAAAUUCGAUUUAAAAACACACCUUUUAAAACACAAGUCUUCUAAAACUUUAAAAUGCAGUCACUGUGACUACGCAACCUAUAAAAAAUUUGAUUUAAAAACGCACCUGUUAAAACAUACGUCUUCUAAAGAUUUAAAAUGUGGCCAGUGUGACUAUGCAACCCACAACAAACACCAUUUAAAGGAACACCUGUUAAAACACAAGCCUUGCAAGGAUUUAAAAUGUAGUUAUUGUGAUUACGCAACCUAUAGAAAAUCAGAUUUAAAAACGCACCUGUUAAAACACAAGUCUGCUAAGGAUUUAAAAUGUAGUCACUGUGACUACGCAACCUAUAGAGAAUUCAAUCUAAAAACACACCUGUUGAUACACAAGUCUUCCAAGGAUUUAAAAUGUAACCACUGUGACUACGCAACCUAUAGAAAGUCCGAUUUAAAAAGACACCUGUUAAAACACAAGUCUUCUAAGGAUUUAAAAUGUAACCAGUGUGAGUACGCAACCCAUACCAAACGCUAUUUAAAGGAACAUCUGUUAAAACAUGCUUCCAAGGAUUUAAAAUGUGACCAGUGUGUACUCGACACAUAAAAUCACAUUUUAAAUCUCACUCACUAAUGCCCAGUUGCACCAACAAAAUUAAGCCUUGCUUAAAGUUAAGUCGAACUUAAAAUCUAUGGCAACGAUUAUUAAGACAAUCGUUGCUAUGGUAGUUAAGUGAUGCUUAACUUUGAGCGAUACUUAAUUUUGACGGUGUAAUUGGCUAUCAAAUACAUAAUUAUGUUUCAAAGGUUUUUUAAUUUGUCCAGUCGGUCUCACAGAAAAUCUAAUUUAAAAAGCCAUCUGUUUAUUGUAAUAGGCAACAUUACUACAUGUGUAUAAAAGUAAAUGUUUAUAAAUUAUGGCAUUUGUAAUAGCGAAACAUAUAAAUCCGUCCGGGUGAAUGGAUCAAAAGUGUGUAUUUAAUUUUGGUUAGUUUUAUUGUAAGCAGUUAAGUUCAGGUAUGUCCAUUGCCUGUUGAGAGUCCUGGUGCACCCUCAGAACAAUAAUUCUUAUUUGCCCUUUUUAAAUUAAACACUGUUUUGAGGUAAGCAUGUGGUGGUCUUGUAGGAGUAAUAACAAAAGCGCAAGUUUAAAAAGAAAA